AGACUGUAGAAAGAUUUUCACUGCACAAAGUUAUAUCUGCUUGGUUGUAGUUGUGAGUUUGGGAGUGUGAGAGGAUGGAGAUGACUAAGGUAUUCUGUUUAUUUGUGAUAGUUGUUGCUUUGUUCGUGCAGUCUAAUGCAGCGGAUUCUUAUGGUAAUCCAACUACUCCUUCACCACCACCUUCUAGAGUAGCUGGAACGACCAGAUCUCCUCAAACAACCCAAUGCCUUACUCGUGGGUACAAGUGUUAUAACGUAACUCUUACGUGCCCCAAGCAGUGUCCUGAGCGUAAGCCAGCAGAUCCAACGGCUAAGGCCUGUUAUACUGAUUGUGGCCCCAAAUGCGAAGCCACCUGCAGAAAGCGGAAGCCUAACUGUAAUGGAUUUGGAGCACUCUGCUAUGAUCCCCGCUUUGUAGGAGGCGAUGGUGUGAUGUUCUACUUCCACGGCAAGAGCAACGAAGAUUUCGCCCUGGUUUCUGACAACGAUCUCCAUAUCAAUGCCCACUUUAUUGGCACAAGGCCACAAGGAAGAAGCAGGGAUUACACUUGGGUUCAAUCUCUAGCCAUCAUGUAUGGCACCCACACUCUCACAUUGGGUGCAAACAAAGUAGCUAAAUGGAAUAACAAUGUCGACCAUUUGUUCUUCACAUUCGACAACCAGGCCUUCACCAUUCCAGAAGGACACCUGUCGGUAUGGAAUGCUCCUUCCACACUUGGACUAACUGUGGAACGCACAUCUCAGUAUAACAGUAUUAAUGUUAUCAUCCCUCAAAUGCUAGAUCUAUCUAUCAGUGUGGUGCCCAUUACUAAGGAGGAUGACCGGAUCCACAAUUACCAAAUUCCUUCAGAUGAUUGCUUUGCUCAUCUUGAAAUCCAGUUCAGGUUUCUCAAUCUUUCUUCUAAUGUGGAGGGUGUUUUGGGACAGACAUACAAACCCGAUUUUAAGAGCCCUGUGAAGGUGGGAGUGCCAAUGCCUAUCAUGGGUGGUGAAGACAAGUAUAAAACUUCAUCUCUUACUUCAGCAGACUGCAGGCUCUGUAUUUUCAAGAAGAACUCGGUUUCCCAAUUGGAAAGCUUUCUGGUAAAGUCGGCUGGUAGUUUGGAUUGUGCUAGCAAGCUGGGUAAUGGAUCUGGUAUUGUGUGCCGUAGGUAAGUGGAAAUAGGGCAUGGCUGAGAGGAUCUACAUCAGCUUUCUAUGCUAAUAAAAUAUAUACUUAUAUAGCCAUAUGCUUACAGAUUUAGUGGGUUCUUUCUAAGUUUGCAUGGAGAAAUGCAUGUUUUCCAUGCUUCUAUCUCCUGGUUUUAUUGUAAUAACGAGAUUUGUGUCGACUGGAAAGUAUAUUUAGGGAAACUUAUCUUAUUUUGGCUUUGUACGAGGAGGUGAUGGACCAUUACUAUAUGAAUUUCUUUUUAAGGGAAAA